ACUAGUCCAAUUAUUUUGUCGAAGAAAAGUCAAAAUCCCCCACGUUUUCCUAUUGUUGUUGUUCCUCCGGGACUCUCACUGUCUCUGAUUCCAAUCCAAACAACUUGAAGAUCAAAUUCUCAUGGCCCUCACCCUGAGACCCAUAAAGCUUUUUGGGAGCCACCGUUUCAAUGAAUUCAGGGGUGCAGUUUGGUUGCAGCUGAGGAGGAAAACGAAGACAGUGGCCACAUCAACCAUGAAGUUUCCAGGAAUUAAUAAUGAGUUGCAGAUGAUUUUGGAUGCUAAAAUGGACGAAGUGUCUGCUAGAAGGCGCGCUCGUGAGGCCUUCAAGGAUGUUCAGCUUGGGAUUGACCAUAUACUGUUUAAGACUCCUUGCGAUGGACUAAAAAUGAAGGAGUCAUUUGAGGUGAACUCAAGGGGUGUAGAAAUUUUCUGUAAAACUUGGCUUCCCGGGACUGCUAGGCCAAAAGCGGCUGUGUUUUACUGUCAUGGUUACGGUGACACUUGCACUUUUUUCUUUGAAGGAAUAGCUAGAAAAUUAGCAUCGUCUGGAUAUGGAGUUUUCGCUAUGGAUUAUCCAGGAUUUGGUCUUUCAGAAGGUCUACAUUGCUAUAUUCCCAGUUUCGAUGGGCUUGUUGAUGAUGUUAUUGAGCAGUACUGCAAAAUCAAAGAAAACCCAGAAUUCCGUUCUAUUCCAAGCUUCCUCUUUGGACAGUCUAUGGGUGGAGCAGUUGCUUUGAAGAUGCAUCUUAAACAACCUAAUGCCUGGGAUGGUGCCAUUCUUGUUGCACCUAUGUGUAAAAUUGCAGAUGACAUGGUUCCGCCAAAGUUGCUAGCGCAGAUUCUCAUUGGCAUAGCAAAUGUUCUUCCAAAGCUCAAGUUAGUUCCACAGAAGGAUUUAGCAGUGGCAGCAUUUAGAGAAUCAAAGAAGAGAGAAAUGACAGCCUACAAUGUUGUUGCUUACAAGGAUAAACCACGGUUGAGGACUGCUGUUGAAAUGCUCAAAACUACUCAAGAAAUCGAACAGAGAUUGGAAGAAGUGUCUCUGCCAUUGCUAAUCCUUCAUGGUGAGGCUGAUAUAGUUACUGAUCCCUCUGUGAGCAAAGCAUUCUACGAGAAAGCUAGCAGUUCAGACAAGAAGCUUAAACUUUACAAGGAUGCCUACCAUUCUCUUCUUGAGGGUGAGCCGGAUGAAGUAAUAAUCCAAGUUCUCAGUGACAUCAUUUUAUGGCUUGAUGAGCACAGCUUGAAACAUUCUUCAUCUUCCUCUUAAUUUUCUUUUUGCAAAUCUUGUGAAUAGUGAAGGAAAAAAGGAAGUUACUAUUGUUUGUAUAGAUGCAAAUAAAGCUGAGUAUCAAGUUUGAAACAUUGUAUUUGUUCUCCAAAUUUUGUUUAUUCAAUUGCUUGGCAAUAUGUCCUCACUAGAAGCCUUGAGUUACACAAGAUGUAAAUUUGUUUGAAAGCAAUGGUUUCUCCAUUUCAGACCCAGCAGUCAAGUCCAAGAAAGUGAUUUAGUGAAAAGUUAAGUCUAUCACAUUUUGAGUUGAUUAUGGUAUGUUUGGAUUUCACUUAA